AAGCCGCUCUUCUCUGUUUGCGCGAAGGCCGCCAUUUUGUUUCGGUGGAGCGUCAAAAGGGGCCUCUCUCAGCGUCCCUUUCCUUAGCCUUGUUUCGGAGGGAUUUGGGGGAAAGGAGGCGGCAAGAUGGCGGUGGAGUCUCGCGUUACUCAGGAGGAGAUCAAGAAGGAGCCCGAAAAGCCCAUCGACCGCGAAAAGACCUGUCCCCUCUUGCUAAGGGUCUUCACUACCAACAAUGGACGCCAUCACCGAAUGGAUGAAUUUGCUCGUGGAAAUGUACCCUCCAGUGAACUGCAGAUCUACACAUGGAUGGAUGCAACUCUAAAAGAACUGACCAGUUUAGUGAAAGAGGUCUACCCAGAAGCAAGGAAGAAAGGCACACAUUUCAGCUUCGCAAUUGUUUUCACCGAUCUUAAAAGGCCUGGUUACAGGGUGAAGGAAAUUGGCAGUACAAUGUCAGGCAGAAAGGGCACAGAUGACUCCAUGACGCUUCAGUCUCAGAAGUUCCAGAUCGGGGAUUAUCUCGACAUAGCAAUCACUCCUCCAAAUAGAGCACCACCUCCAUCUGGUCGCAUGAGACCUUAUUAAUGUUUUGCUUUCCUUCAGUGCCAUACUGAAUGCAAUGUCAUGUGUAUUAGAUGUUAUUUUACAUUGUUACUGUAUCUUUUUAAGGUUUUUUUUUUAAUGAAAAUGGGACUAUGCAGUGUUUCUGAAAAGUAUAAAGCAUUGCUAGAGCACCACAAGUAUGUCUGUGCAUUUUGACAUUUGUUAUGGAACAAAUUUGUAAGACCAUUUCUUAAUGUCUGUGGAGAAAUUAAAAAGGAAUUGAUGUAUUUUAUAAAUACACUUUUCAUAUUUCCUGUGAAAUAAACCUAAGCCAAGUA